AUGUCAAACGAAUUUUACCAGAGGUAUCAUCGAUUAUUUUUUGAAGACGACUCAGAACCUAUUUCAAUGCAAUAUUUCUUGUCAAAAAAUCCGAAAAAUAGGAUAAAUCUGAAGCCGAGCACAGAUAUUUUGAGUUUAGCUCAAGAGUUCGAGAUAAUUCCAAAAGAUGUGACACAAAUAGAGCCGGCGCAGCCAAAGUUUAAGCAGAUUUCAGCGAUAGAGGCACAGCCAGUUUCAAAAGCUGCUGUGAAAUUGCCUUUUUCUGAGAGUCCUGCUUUUCAAGCAAAACCUACUUUUCAGCCUGCAGCGAUGUCUCCGCCGAAACGUAUAAUAGAAUAUCAGCCUCAGCCAGAUAACACUGGAGAAGUUUUCAAAUCAAUGUAUACGAAACAGCCACUUAAUAUCCAAUCUCCCACUUUUCAGCCUCAGCCUCCUCAGCAGCAAGCUUAUGAAUCUACAAGAAACAAUAUCUUCCCUGAUCAGCCGCUACGACCUCAGUCUAAGCCAAUUUCCCCUUAUCAAACUGCCUUAAAUCGGAGGAAAGAUGCUAAUUCUCAUCCCAAAAAAAAUUAUAAAAAGCCGUAUGUUAAAAAAAAAUAUAAAAAUAGAAACUUUUAUAGCCUAAAGGAUAAGAAGAAUAAUGAAUACAGAAAAGAACGCCUAAGAGAGCUUCUCUCAAUGGACAAAGUGCCUCUAGGUAAACUUAACAAGUAA